UGAACACAUUGCAUAAGCCAUGCAGAACUAGAAGGAAAACGUCUUCUAGGCCUGCAAAGUUUGAACCAGUUUUUAAUGCAUUUGUAUUUUGAAAUGGUAUUUUUGUAUACACAUUUUACAGGGUAAUUGCUGCAAUAAUUCCAUCAAGGGCAAGGUAUCUACAGAAACAUUUUCAAUGUACACAGUCAGCAACUUUUGUGCCUUGCUGUGUAUCAACCUGGCAGCAUUUUGGCCUUCUAAAGGAGACGUUUUUCAAUGCUGUGAUGGCUCUGUGGUUCCAUCAGUGGAGUUGUGUGAUUUCACCUACCAAUGCAAGGAUUGUAGUGAUGCAGAACAAUGUUCCUAUUAUGGAAAAUGUGAUUUUGAAAGUGAUCUGUGCAAUAUGAACAAUGAGAAAUCACCUGUUGACUGGAUAAGGAGAAAUGGAAAGAACAUCAUAGGAUCUCCUCAUUCUGACCGCAAUGGGAACAACACAGCCCAUUUCCUUACACUGUCCUCUGAACACAUCCCAUUUCCGGCAAUUCUGAGGAGCAGAGUGGUCUUUGUGGCUAGCAACCAGCUCACAUGUCAGAUUUCGUUUUACUAUUGGAUUGGUCAAAUAAAUGGAACCCUCACAGUGGGACUCCAAACCAACUCUGAUAGAGCCUCGGGGACUGUAUGGCAAGAAAGAGGAGGAAUUAAAAAUCAGUGGCGAAGAGCUGUGAUCACAAUCAACAAUACUCUGAACGUUGAGGUUUCCAUCAAAGGACAAAUAUUUGAACCUUGGGCACCAGGAGAAACCAUUGCUAUUGAUGAUGUUUCAGUCACUGAAGGAUGUCUGCUAGCUUUUGCAGAUAAUCCUUCAUUGUGUAAGGAGAGAGUCCAUGCUUGUGAAGAGACCCAAGUUCCAGAUCAAGAGCGCUUCAGUAAUUCUUCCAGCAUCCCUUUCAAUGGCAUACAUGGAGGAUUCUGCUUUCAACAGAUCUGCAGUUUUAAGAUUCACCUGUGUGACUGGAAUUCUGAUGCAACUGCAGAACAUGUUUCCUGGGUUCCUGUGAAAGAAUUACAUGAUCGUGGCUUAAAAUCUCUUCUUCUGAAAGAUAGAAGCAGCGGCACCAAUGACUCCCUUCUCAGGUAUUACAACUAUGGACUAUCAGUUGGAGCAGCAGAAAUGCAAUUGCUUGUUGAUGGACAAAAAGAUCCUACAGCCCUUUGGAGGAUAUAUUACAAUCAAGGAGAUCAGUGGUUAAAGGGUUUCAUUCAACUUGGCCGCCUUCCACACCCAUUUCAAUUAUCUCUAGAUAAAGUCAGCCUUGGAUUUUAUGACGGUGUCUCAGCAAUUGAUGAUAUAACAUUUGAGAACUGUGCAAUGCCACCUCCAGCAUUAAACUGUGAAGGCCCUGAUCAUUUCUGGUGCCAAAACUCAAAGGCUUGCAUCGACAGUUUGUUAUUGUGUGAUCUUGUUGAUGACUGUGGAGAUGGGUCUGAUGAAGACAAAUGCGCAACUGAGCUGCAGUGCGACUUUGAACUUGGCCUCUGCAACUGGGAACAAGAUGUGGAUGAUGACUUCGACUGGACCAGAAACCAAGGGCCAACCUCCACUUUUAACACUGGGCCAAUGAAGGAUCACACUUUGGGCACAGCCAAAGGGCAUUAUCUUUACAUUGAGUCUUCAGAGCCACAGAUGUUCCAAAACCAAGCGGCUUUGCUAAGCCCAGUCUUUAACUCUACCUUUGCACAUGGAAAGAAAAGCUGCAUUUUUCGCUUCUAUUAUCAUAUGUUUGGAAAGCACAUUUACAGGCUGGCAGUUUCCCAGAGAACUGUGAGCAAUACAAGGGGACAGCUGCUGUGGCAAACAUUUGGCGAUCAAGGCAACAGAUGGAUAAAGAAAGUGCUCUACGUUGAGAGUUCAGAGCCAUUUCAGAUCUUGGUGGAAGGUACUGUGGGGGAUGGCUUCACUGGAGACAUUGGAAUUGAUGACCUAUCUUUUAUGAACUGCGCACUUUACAAUGGAAAUUUGCCAGUUGAUUCAACAACUCCAUCAGGGACAUCCAUUCCUGUGACACUUCCUAUGAACAACUGUACAGAAAAAGAAUUCAUCUGCAGAGGCACUGGCCAAUGCAUCAGUAUCACCCAGAAGUGUGAUUUCCGUCCUGAUUGUUCCGACAGAUCUGAUGAGUCAUCAUGUGCCUCAGUUGCUUGUGACUUUGACAGUGGAAACUUCUGUGAAUGGUAUCAGCCUGCUGCUCAAGUGGCAACAACAGCUUCAACCCAUCCUGUUAAUAUAUUCCAGUGGGGCCUUGGAAAAGGUGCCGGCAUCCACCCAGGUGGAGAGGGCCAUAGACCGUUGACUGAUCAUACGAUGACGACUAAGGAAGGCUGGUAUCUCUAUGCAGACAGCUCCAAUGGAGAAUUUGGACAUACUGCUGACAUUACCACUCCAGUAAUUUCUCAGACUGGACCGAAGUGCACGCUGGUGUUUUGGAACUACAUGAAUGGGGCAACAGUGGGUUCACUGAAGGUGCUCAGAAAAGAGGGAAACAUGUCUUUUGAACUUUGGUCACAGAGUGGCCCCCAGGGUCCUCAGUGGAACAGAGCUGAAGUGCUUUUAGGUGUUCAAUCUUAUUUUCAGGUUAUCUUCAGGGCAAAAAGGGGCAUCAGUUAUGUGGGAGAUGUGGCAGUGGAUGAUAUUUCAUUUCAGGAGUGUUCCCCCUUACUGAUCCCGGACAAACACUGUACUUCUGAUGAAUUUACCUGUGCCAACAAAUACUGCCUCCCAAAGGAUAACCUUUGCGAUUUUGUGAAUGACUGUGCAGAUAACUCAGAUGAGAAUCAAAGCAUUUGCAGUAUGUCCAUUGGGCGUUGUGAUUUUGAGUUUGAUCUCUGUGAUUGGGAACAAGAUCAGAAUGACGACUUUGACUGGAAUCUCAGAAUUGGAGGAAUCCCAAGAGCAGGCACUGGGCCAGUAGCUGAUCAUACCUUGCAAGAACCAUCUGGUCAUUACAUCUUUAUAAAAAACUCCUUCCCUCAGUUGGCAGGGCAAGAAGCCAGGAUUACUAGUGUGACUGUAAGCAGAAAGAGCAAAAAUUGCAAGGUAAUAUUCUACUACCACAUGUAUGGAGCCAACACUGGAUCACUAACUGUCUACCAGGUGACAGCAUCAAAUCCCCCCCAAGUAUUGUUCAACCUCUCUGGAGAUCAGGGAAAUUUCUGGAAAAGAAAAGUGCUGCUAUUAGAAGCCGAUGAGGACUUCCAGAUCACCUUUGAAGGGCGUGUUGGAAAAGGCUACAGGAGAUUUAUAGCCCUUGAUGACAUCGUGUUUACAAGGGAAUGCUUGCCAUCAUCACAGCUCUUGUCAGAUGAACCUACAGCGUCACCCUCAACAGGUUCUUGCUCACAUGGUUAUUUGGAAUGUCUCAAUGGCAAGUGUUAUAGACCAGAACAAAGCUGCAAUUUUGAGGAUGACUGUGGGGAUAAUACUGAUGAGAAAGAAUGUGGGACCUCCUGCACUUUUGAAAAUGGUGUAUGUGGUUGGCAGAAUUCCCUAGCGGAUAACUUCGACUGGGUUAUAGGAACCAGGUCACCUCAAAGCCUCAGGCCUCCAAAAGACCACACACUUGGAAAUGGGAAAGGACAAUUCCUCUACCUUGAAGCUAUGUCAUUAGGAGUAAGAGGUGAAAAAGCACUUCUCAAGAGCUCCAGAUGGGCAGAGUCUAGCACCACUUGCAUGCUGAGUUUCUGGUACUACAUGUCUUCAAAAGCAACAGGACACAUCCAGGUUCUCAUUAAGACUGAGAGUGGACUUUUAAAGGUUUGGAGUGAUUCUGGAGACUAUGGUGGCCUGUGGACGAAAGCCGAAAUACAUCUGGGGAAGCUGAGAAAUUUUGAAGUUCUGUUUGAAGGCGUUCGGAUCAAGGAUCUUGGAGGAGGAGCAGCAAUAGAUGACAUUGUAUAUGAGAACUGCAGCACAGUUGGAGAGGAUUCUGGGGUGUGCCCUACUGUUACCGACUUCGUAUGUUGGAACAAGAAGUGCAUUGAAUCUCACCUUGUUUGUGACUACAAGGCUGACUGCAAAGACUUGUCUGAUGAAGCUGAUUGCAGCCAAUAUACCACUGUCCCAGGAAGUUGUAACUUUGAAACACAAGGCCACGACUGGACUGCUGUGUGUGGAUUUACACAAGGUCCUAGAGAUGAAUUUGACUGGGACAUUCAUAGCAAAACUGUCACAGAACCAGGAGAUCUACCCAAGGAUCACACACCAGGCAAUGGGCACAAUUUUUUGUACGUCAAUUCAUCUACUCAACAAAAAGGGGACAGAGCAAGAAUAGUUACCACCCAGUACUUCCCAGCCAGUCUGGGGAUAUGCACAUUGCGCUUCUGGUUUUGGCCAUUUAAUUCCCCUGAAAUUGGAUUGUUAAAGGUGUAUGCUAUUGAAGAAUUUGGAAUGGAUAUAUUGAUGUGGGCAGCAACUGGAAAUAUAAAAAAUACAUGGACAUAUGCAAAGGUGGUCCUUUCCAGCAAUAGCCCUUUCAAAGUGGCAUUUGAAGCGGAAGUAGGAGCUAUUGAGCCCAUCGAAUUUGCUCUCGAUGACAUUUCUUUCACACCAGAAUGUGCAUCAGGAGGACCAAUUGUACCACAACCUCAAACCUGUGGCAGUGACAGAUUCACAUGCAGCUACAUAAAGCAGUGUGUGCCUCUUUCUGCAAAGUGCAAUGGAGUGGAAGACUGCACUGAUGGGACUGAUGAAAUGGCCUGCCCUACUGAGCAACCUACCACAGGCUCCCCGAGACAUUGCAAGGAAGUGGAAUUCCAGUGUGCUAACCAGUCAUGUAUCCCAUCACUCCUGAGAUGUGAUGGUGUGGCCGACUGUAGGUUCAAUGAAGAUGAAGCCAGUUGCCCUAUUAAAGAUUGCUUCAAUGGGUCUUUGUUGUGUCCAUCGACUAAUAGCUGUAUCCCAGUUUCUCGGAGAUGUGAUGGCAUUGUGGAUUGCAUUGAUUUUGCUCCUGAUGAGUCUAGCUGUUCAGAUUGUCCCGAGGCAUAUUGCAAAAAUGGAGGAACAUGCAAUAAGGAACCUGUUCCCAUCUGCCAAUGUGAAAAGGAGUGGAAGGGAAACCGUUGCCACAUGAAGGCUAAGUCUCCUCCGACUCCAUCUUCUGGUUCCCUGCAAAAUGAUACUUGGACUGGGCUAGGGAUUGGAUUAGCUUUCCUGUUGAUUGAAAUUGCAGUCGCUGUUUCAUGCAUCCUUUCAAAGAGGAAAUUGCCAAGAACGAAACAGGAAGAGAUUCUCAAAACUGCGUUUGACAACCCACUUUAUGAGGCACGGAGUGUAAAGUCUACAGAGUAUGCCGCCUCGCUGGGAGUUCAGAUCAGUGUUUCUCCAUGGCAGGCACAGCAGGAGCUGUUUCGCAGUAAUGACACCAUGGCUCCUUCCUUUGCCAACCCUCUAUAUGGCACAACUACAGGAAAAGAGCAGACGCUGUGAGAUGUCUCUGAAAAAUGACAACUGCCUCAUCCUUGACAGUCCAAUGGAAGCAAUCUCCUUAGAAACGGACCACUAUUAUUUAAGAAAGUCAGUCUCUCCUCUGCCUUCAAACCAAGAAGGGUGCCAGCAACCUCCUCUGUUCCAGUGUGAACAUUUUCUUCUCAGAGGCAUUGCCAGCAUCAUCCUGUGUGACCAGCUUCCAACAAGCAGAGUGCCCAUCCAAAUGGAUUUUCAUCCAAAAUCUUACCUUGAUGUCCAUUGCUCAUGUACAUGAAACCUCAAUUAGGUAAAGCACCAUUGCAGCAUUUCUAGAAGGCCAAGGAGACACUGGUUAUUGAGGAGACUGUUCAUUUGAAAUUAGCCGCCACAAUGGCUGUGAUCCAGAGAGCUCUUUCUGUGAGUGAAGGGCAGUUUAGCUUACGCAAGAGGAGGCCUCUGAUUUCCACCACCCACCUUGUAUCUGCAGCGGCAGCCCCCUUGUUGCAUCCUAUGCCAUCAUGAAAGGUCUCCUGAUCUAGAGAAGAUACAGUGGGGUAAACCAGGAAGGUAGAAAUACUUCAUUGUCCGAGCAGCACUGUACUUGCAAUUGUCUGGAUCCUGCCCUGUGUAUCCUUUGGAGGCAUAUGCCAAAGAAUUGGGGGGGGGGACAAAAAAACGCAAUGCUGCUACAAGAUUUGUUGUUACCAGCUUGUGUAUCAAAACCAUGAACUGCAUACCAAUUUCCCCUUCCCAGCAGAAGUUAAAGCAAGAAUUGAGACACUGAGGGCUCUAGAUCUAUUGACGUUAGCGCAUAAUAAAUUUGAAAAAUAUGCUUUACCUGAGAAUGCUGGGUGACAUUAAUCAUAGGAAUGAUGCCUCUACUGGAAGGAACAACAGAGUCCACUGAAGCCUUUUGCCUCUUCUGCAGGGAAGGAGCCAUCCCUUGCUUCAGUCCGAUCCUACCCGCAGUUCUGUCUCAUUCUCUCUUGAGUACUUGCCUUAUCUUGGUCUUGUGGCUUUCCCACUGUGUAAUUGGUGUUUGGGGCUAUGUGUUUUUACUGUGCUUCCUCCUCUCCCUCUUUUGAUGCUACUACUGUUUUGGUUGUAUUGGUUGUAAUGUAACCUCAGUGCAUUACUUCUUCAUCUGCCCUGUGGACAUUUGUGUGUAUGUUUCAGUUCUUUUUUAUUACCUUCUCCAAUCGCUGCUGUUUUCUCACCAAAGUGAACUUGCCUCCAAACCUGAGUCUUGGCUUCCAGGAUUCCAACGGAUUGGAACCAGAUAAUGAAUGUGAAAUAUUUUGAAAGUGAUGAAGAUGAUGAACAGCCAACACUGGUGUUGCUACCCUCAGUGUAUUUUGCAAGCUGUGUGGUCCAUUCUGAUGAUGAACUAUCUGUUUCUGCUGUCUCAAGUCUUCUGUGCAAGGAAGAAAUGAUUAGGCAGCCUAAGUUAGCAAAUGGACAUGUAUAACAGUUUAGGAAAAUUAGGAGAUAUAGUUUCUACAACCAUUUUCACUUUUCUCCCUUGUCCCGAUGCAUUAUAAAGCCAUUUAGGUGGCCACUUAGGCCCUGAUCCAAUUUCUGUUGUAAUUAAUGAAAAGAUGUCAAGCAAAUUGAGCAAGUCUCUCACCAGACUCAAGGCCUUCCGGCCUUCUGAAAAAGCAACGUUUUUCUCUUUGGGCUGCCAGAUAAAAACAGUUAUAACAGAGGAGAAAGGGGGUGGGAAAUGCAAACCCACAAAAAAAAAUCUACAUAUAUCAGGCACACGUUUCCUCAUCUUUCAGAAAGAACAAAAGGCUGCAGCUCACUUGCAUAUGAAACAGACAUGAGCUUGAUAUUUGCCCCUUGCCUGACAUUUUUGUUUUGAACUUGUCAAAUGACAGCAUAAUUCAAUUUCAGCUCCAGCUAUCUGAUCUGCUAAUGGCCAAGGUGUAUGCUAACAUGAAAACAAUUUCUGUACAUGAAUCAGGUAAGCUAUCUGGCUGUUAACUCACACACAGAUGACUGGAUCCACACAUUCUGAGAGGGACAAGGAAAAUUCAGUGCAAUGAGGAAAAUGUCUCCUUCAGGGUGCCCAGAAAGAAAAUAUAGCGGAGCCUGGUUCCUGGAAGGGAGAGGAAAAGCCACGUCUCUUGGUUGCUCAGACUAAUGAAGAAGCUUGAUCCAUUAGUCUUUAUAGGGCUAUGCAUAUGGUUGGUUAUAACCCUCAAAAAGCAAAGUCCAUCUUGAGGUGGUAGAUCUACCCUCUGGUUGUAGAUCCCAUUCCCACAUAGGGUAAAUUUUGUAUUCUUCAGUGUCCAUAAAAAAGAAACUAUGUUGGUCUGUGUGAAGAAAAUGUGUUGCAGCCCUGGUGGCUGUAUUUAAACUACAAUUCUUUUAAAUACAUUUAUUGCUAAUUUAUGAAAAGCAGUCCAUAAACACACUUUUUAGAGAGAGAGAGAGAGAGAGAGAGAGAGAGAGAGAGAGAGAGAGAGAGAGAGAGAGAGAGAGAGAGAGAGAAAUGUCUCGUAAGUUACAAAGUCCUUAAGAGAUGUGGCAUAUAAAAAUAUUUCAUACAAGUUAAAUCUUUCUAGAGGCAGUUGAACUAAUGAAGUCAGAUUUUGAGAAAAGAAGAACAGUAUAAUCUCAUUUGGGACCUGCUGUCUUCCUCCUAACCUUUUCUUUGGAAUAUGGUGUAAGUUUCUAAAUGCUUUGGGACUGAAUAUUUUAACGGUGAGCAAAUGGUAUUCUUAAAAAAAGAAGAAGCAGAUGACAACUGUUUACAUUUUACUGAAAUAUAAACCAUAUUUGAAUCCAUUUAUGAGAAGAACCUUGCUGCAGUAGAAACAAUUUAUUUGUCAGGGUGGUGAUAUCAGUUGCUCCCCAGAUCCAAGCUUUGUGUCUGAACAGUUUGGACCUAAAUAUAUAUUAACCCUGCAUUCAGCAAUGCUUGAGUCAGUUUAAACUAGGCUCCAGUUGUCCAGAGGCUGUCCUGAGCCAGCCUGGUCUACUCAGCCUACCAUGUCCAAAGUUCAAAGUCUGGGGGUCAAUCCAUGCAAGCCAAGGCUAAAGUUCAAAGGUCAGGAAACACAGUCCAGGGUCAAUCCAAUGGCCGAGUCUGAAGCCUAGCAGUCAGGAUACAGUCCAGAGUAGGGUUUCCAUGUGUCCUUCCCGCCCCCGCCCCCCAGGUCACGUCCUCUUUUUCAGGGGUAAAAAUUGAGACAAAUUGCAUUCAUUUUCUUUGAAUGGCUGUCAUAGUGUCCCCUUUGUUUGCUCUGCAAAAUAUGACAAACCUUGUCCAGAGUCAAACCCGAAGCACAGUCCCAUAGAGGUCCAGGAGCACCCAAGUCAAUGUCCACCCACAUGGGCAGCUGAACAGACACAGCACCUCAGCCCUGCUUCCUGCUUGUACUUUGCAUGCUGAUUCCAGCAUCUGGGAUGGACAAGGCACGUGACCCUCACUUGUUUCAAGCCGACUCCAGCUGAGGAAUCACACACCUCCUCCCAGAGCUAGUGAGCCUCACCUGGCCAACUAAGGAGCUGGGCUGUGGGCCAUUGCCUGCCUCAGCCUGCCUCACCCAUCCUGGUGUUCCCCACACCUCAGAGCCUGCUGUGUUUGUUGGAACAGGGCCCCCUCUGACUCUGCGGAUGGGUCCUGUUGCUCUGCUUCCUGUUCACUGACCCCCAUCCCCUCACCAUCCUCUGUCACCCUGUGAGUACUUCCUUCUCCAUCCCCUACUUGCCCCGGUGUGUCCCAGUCUCAGCUACAGCCCUCACCGGGAUCUACUUUCUCCUCUUCCUCCUCCCCGUCAUCCUGCCAGUUCAUGACAGAGGCCCAUGGACCUCCUGUUAUUGUAACGUUCAUUAACAUGGUUUUCCUCUUCUCUGCAGCCUUUAGUAUCUGUUGUGAUUUCUUCUGCUUAUUGAAGUUUCCUUUCUUUUCGGUUUGGUUACUCUUUUCCUUUAUCUGCAGCUUUGCAUUAGCUCCCUCUUUCUUAUUGGAUUGAACAUAAAACUUCUUUGAUUCAUUUUUAAAUGCCUUUGUGGUUUUGGUCCUGGUUAUCUCUCUUCGUAUCCACUGGUUUCACCAAUCUCACUCAUGUUCCUGCUCCAUUUGCCUAAGAUGUAUAUGUUUACCAUUGAUUCUACUGGCUUCUACUCUUGCUUUAUUUAAUGAACAAUGAGAAGUGCAUAUUAUUGAUUGAUUGAUUGAUUGAUUGAUUGCUUUUCCUUUGCACAGUCAGGCACCCCUAAAACCCCAGUUAGCCCCCGAGCAGAAUAACAACACCAGACAACAUUCUAUGGGAUUAAAAUUGGCCACAACUUUAUUAAGAUUCAGAUGUAGGGAGACCUUGGCACAGACAUUGGGCGUUUAUCCUCCCAGCCCCCCACCUGGGGCUCUGGGUAAUUUCCGGGUUAUCCAGCAUAUAUGGGGGUUGGGCUAGCUCUGGAGAACAUAUGUUCAAGCAGAUAGCCCGCCCCCCUUUUUGCUGCCACUGGAGGGGGAGGGCAAUGCCUCCCCUGGGCGAAUGGUCAAUGCCUCCCCCCUAGACCCCUUUAACGGGAAUCCUGGUAUCGCCGCUGCAAUGGGGUGGGGGGGCACCUCCCCCCCAUUUUUGUAAAAGUCUAAAGGAUUCCGCCCAAGGCCUGCAACUGCCAAAGUUGUGACGAAUUGCUACGGGAAAGGAGAAACCUGCCAAUGCAGGGAAAUUCCUUUCCGGCCCUUCAACAGUGGCCUUGUCAUAGCAGCGCCUGCGUGCGUGUUCACCUGUGGAAGAAAAGAGGUUAACCUGCAAUGUAAGCAUUCGUUUUUUGGGAGUGGAGGGUGGGAAAGCUCUGGAGCUGUCGACUGCUUCCCAGGUAUGUCUCUCCUUCUGCUGUGAGCACUGGAUAGUUACCUCCUCCUACCUGGCCAAUCCCACCCUGGCAACACCUCCCCCAGCUGGAUUGGACGGCUGGCUGUGUGGGCGGUAUCCAGCCCGGGAAGGUGGUGCCAGCCUCCGAACUGCUGGAGGCUGCCUGAGGCUCCCAGGGUGCUACGCGCGACCGCGCAAAAUGCGCACCCCUUUAUAUGGGGAACGGUCAUUAUGGUGUUUCUUGUUAUUCCUAAUUAAUAGUUGGCAUAUCUCCACUCUUCCUUCCUCUCCUUUAAUUCAUGCUCUUCCAAUUUUGGUAUGGCAACAGGUUUGGGAGGAAUAAUUGUGAAGAAUACUUCCCCUUCACUGUGUCCACUGGGCUUGCCUGAAGGACAUAUGUUGACUAGGACUUGGCAAUACAGAUCAGCUUUUCAACAUUGUGAUGUAUCAUCAGCUAAACAUCAUGCUAUAGUGAUACAUCACAAUGUUGAAAAGGAAGGAGCAUCGGCCCCGGCCCUGCAAGGCACCGGGAUGAACCUGCAGCAGCUCCCUCCACCAUCAGUCCCUGGUGCACAGAGAAGCAAGGAGCGUCAUCCCCACCCCACCCCCCCACAAGGUGCCAGGGUGGAACUGCCACCAGUGCCCAGCGCAGGGAGAAAGGAGGCAGCCUGAGAUGGAAGGUAAGGCACCAGCAGACAAGCCCCACCUACAAUAUACCACCAGGUGAAGGCGCCAUUGCACCCUGGCCCUCACAUCAGACAAUGGAUUGAUACAUCACCCAGGCCUAAUGUCCGAAAGGGACUACUCUUUGGCCCUUUUAUCGGCUCAUGUGGGACCGACAUGGAUAGCUGGCCCUGAUGAAUACUUGAGGUUCCCAACCCCUAUGGUUGUAAUUCAUGGGCAGUCAUUUAAUUUUACCCUGAUUCUAAUUUUUAAGCUGUAUUUAAUUGUUUGAUUGUGUUUUAAUGUAUUUGAUAUUUGAUGUUAGCUGCCUUGAGCUCGGUCUUGGCCGGGGAGGGCAGGGUAUAAAUAAAAAAAUUACUUAUAUACUUACUAUGGAAACAGCAUGAAUACGCCCAUGUGCACAUGCCCCAAUAUUCACCUUGCAUUUAUGUUAGAGGGAAUGUCAGUUGAGCAGUUAGUUUGCAAAACAACCUGCUAUUGUGCCUCAUGGAGAAUGUGCACAUAACUCAGCCAUGAAGAGGGAAUUGUGCACAUUGCCUGGUCAAUAUGCAUCAUCUCCAGCAGGUUUUGGAAAAUGUCCAUAUAUCAACUACAUUUUGUACAUCCUCCUGCCAUUGUGUAUAAUCCCCAGAAAGCUUUGAGGACUCAGCAUAUUUCAACCAAAUGUUGUACCUUCUCUGGUCAAUAUGCAUAAUCUUCAACAGGCCUCAGGGACAAUGCAGAUCUCAACUGCAUUUUGUACAUUCUGUGGGCAAAAUGCACAUUCUCUGGGCAGUGUUCUAUUAUGAAAAUCUAUAACAAACAGGUUUUUUCCAGAUGUUGUUGGCACCACAUACUGUUGGUCUCCCUGCUUUCUGCCCUACCAAUGGGUACCAGUCACCACUGGGACCCUCUCAUCGCACAACCUAUUAUUUUAAGGAAAAAGAGUAGCUGGAUUGUGUGAUCCUCAGUUUGGACUAAAGUUCAGUUCAUCUGCAUAUGAUGAAGGAGGGUUGGAAGCCCAAAACUUCCUCUUGCAUCUUUCACAUGUGCAACCUGCUUUUUUACGUAUUUGGUCAGGACUUUCAUGGAUGAGGAAGGGAAAACAACCUGAGAUGACUAGGGAUGGUGCAGAAGUAACUGAAAGAGGCUGUAACCAUCCCUCUGGUGGUAAUAUAUACCGUCACUGAAUGUAAUGGAGGCUCAUCUCUGCAGAGAAAGGAGCCCAGAGGGUUUUGUGCCUGUUUUUCAGAUAAUGAAGUUCAGAUAAUGGAGUCUCUCUACUGCACAUCUUCUAGUCCUUGGCUGAAUUUAGUUUCUAUUAUACUUCCCAUUCCUUCGGAGCACAAAUGGCAAAGAACCUGCAAUUCACACAUACAGUAUUUAUUACUUUGUAUGCACGGCCCCUUAUGUAGAACAUGUGUUUUUAUCCCUCUCUAUAAUCUAUGGUUAUAGAAAGUUGAUAGAGAGGCAGUUUAAAAAGAGAGAGCACCCUGCAGAUUGAGGUGCAGCCGGUAUCAUUAGAAACACUUUAUUGGUACAAUGUGCCACUCUUUGAUGGGAAAGCAGUGGUGCUUAGGGAAAAAAAAUAAGAGAAAUAGAUAGACCAUGUAGUCAAACAGAAUGUAUAAUUAUACAUUCAAUGACCAGCUUUAUGGUGCACAUCGACAGCACCUAUUUAUAUUUGAUUAUGAGAGAAGAGAGGCUGAAAUGUCCUAAACUAAUGAGAGGCUGAAAAUCUUCCCCUUCCUUGUCUAUAUGGCAUGAACAGCCAAUGGAAGCUCAUCCAACUGGCCCCCAACUGUCUCCCUUCUUACUAAUCCCAGAGGGUGGCCGUCGCUGUCAGCUGCCUCCUCCUCAUUCUCAGUGUUUCCAUUAUAGAAUUCAGCAGGGAAGAAGAGGGCAAAAAACUUGACGGAGUUGGCUCUGCCUGGCCUUGGCUCUGGCUCCACCUACUGUUGGUUUCUCUGCCUUCAGCCCCACAAUUCCAAAUGAGUAUCGGCUGCAACCACAACCAGCCCAUAUUAUGCUCCUGUUUUAAUGGCUGUAGCUCAGGCAAAAAUUUGCACCAAAGCAAGCCUGGACAGAUAAGCUAAAUAGCACAAGUGGCAGUGAUGUUGCCAGGGGAGGAUUUUGAUACAGGAUUCCAGGGUCCCUCUGGGGCAGCAGAACAAGGUGGUGGCCCCCAUAUGGAGCAGAGCUGGCUUACCAAUUUUGAAGUAAUACUUGCUACCAUCUAAAGGGCAGGGCCCCAUAAACCUGUACAAGGUGUAAAAUUAGCCAACUGCACCACUAGUUGCUGAUCAGGUCUUUAGCAAAGAGGUAGACUAGAAAUCAGGCCAAGCAGGGAAGCCUGCUUUCAAACAUCAAUGGCUCCAAGUUGAACCUGGGUAGUUUUCAACAUUACCCAGAAUGGUUGCCUUAAGGAAAUUAGCAUUUGUAAGCAAUGUGUGCUUGCUUCUGUCUUCUACCUCCCCCUGCUUAUGCAUAGUGGAAACAAAAACAUCUUAGCAUUUUAAAACUUAAAGAUGCUCACUCUAUCAGGUUUUCUAUAUUUCUAAUCUGGACCUGUCUGUUUCAUGAGAUAAAAGCUCUCUUUUCCUUGACAAAGCUAAAUUUGAUUUUCAACAUGCCAUUUUCAAAAUUCCAGUUUGAGGUCAUAUACCCCACAAUAUUUCUUCAACAAAGUUUUAUUAUGACUCUUUGAAAAUAGCUUUGUUUAAUACACUUCUUAAAAGCUCCUGUUCCAUGCUGGUUGCAGUCCAGACUGGGAAGAAUCCCCUGCAACAUUCUGUUGCAGUUCCUCAUGCAAUUUACUGUAGCUAAACAUAUGGCCCAAUUCAGAGCCCAAACAAGGAACAAAAAUCCACUGUCUUAGCAGGAGACUGUAGCUGACAGGUUUUUGCACUUAAAAUAAUUAGUUCUUUCUUGCUCCGAACUGGAUAAAUAUGAUAACUGAGAAGCAGAAUUUCAUGUCCUCCAAGAAAAAAUAAUGAUAAAGCAGCUUUAUCCAAGGCACACAAAACUUCAGAAGAGAUUUUGCUGGGAAACAUUUUAGGAGUCUUAUUUAGCUAUCAAGUUGGUAAAACCCAUUAACAAUUCACUUUAAUGACUAGAAGAUUGCAACUGUUUUUGAAGUAUGUUUGACAUAGUUAUAUACUGUGGACUGUGAAAAUAAGCCUUGCGCUCUUCAAAGUUCCAUUCUUCACAAGCAAAAAAAGGUGGCUAAGGCAAAACAGAAGAAAAAGGAAACAGUCUAUAAACAGGGUACAAUUUCUCCUACAUAAUCAGGUUUUUCUUAUUCUUUUGAUUGCACAAGUAUCUUUCAGAUAUAUCAUUUUAAUUUCAUCAUUACGUGUAAAAAGAAACAACCCAGGAAUGGAUAAAAUUAGCCAUUAAUAAUUCCUUCCAUUUUGUGCUAUGCUGUAGAGUAAAUGCAUUUACAAUUUUAGAUAUUCUCCCUCUAAGACCAAGAGAUAACAAGGAUUUAUUGAGCCUGAAACAUUAUGUGUAUCUUUUGAAAUGUUUUAUCCUAGUUUUCUUAUUGCCUGAAUAAUAGCUAGAGCUGAAAGAUGAAUUAAAGAUGGAAGACCUCACUCUGGAGAAUGUUAGAAUUGGAGUUAGAUUUGGGCACUCCCUGUUUUUAACAUGGUAAUAUUUACUUUAAAUGCCUCAGGCCAGCCUUCCUUAACACGGUCCCCACUCCUGAUGCUCUUCAACUCCUAUCACUCCUGGCCACCAUGGCUCAAUUGCCAGGGAUAAUGGGGUUUUUAGUCCAAAACAUCUGGAGGGCAUGCAGUUUUCACAUAGACACACAUGCGGGUGUGUCAUACUAAGUCUGACCAUUAGAACAGACUGUAUAAGGCAGGCAUGGCCAAACUUGGCCUUCCAG